UCUUGCGGAAGAGCCGGGUGGAAGGGGAUUGACGGCGGCGGCAGCCAUUAGGAACCUGGGAAAGGGAAAAGAAGUGCUUCCUAGUGGGAGGAGAAGCAGGGACUGGCAGGAGCGGCGGAAAGAGCCGGAGGAAAGUGAGGCCUUGACGAGAGGAGCUGCGCCUCCUCCUUCCUGCAAAGGUGCCCUGAUGAACCUGGUCUCGAUGGCCGCAGUGGUGGUGGCAGUGGCUGAGCCAGAGCUGAAGUGGCUCUCACUGGGGCUGCGCCUGCGCUGGGCAGCGGUGCUGGUGGCGUUGGGGGCCGGGGUCUUGGUGGUGCUGCUCCCUCUGGCCGCUGUAGAGGACCAGGGACAGGCCCUCGUCAAGGGCUUGGCCUUGUUGCGUAGCAAGCUGGGCAUGGGCCACCCUGACCACCCCAAGCCGGCCGGGCACAACACCGGACUCAGUGUCACCUCCAGAGAGCUGCAGCUGCUGGUGCUGAAACCCAAGGCCUCCCCAGAGGUGAAGCUAGAAGCCAAAGCCGCCCUGAACCAGGCCCUGGAGAUGAAGCGCCAAGGCAAGCGGGAGAAGGCUCACAAGCUUUUCCGGCAUGCCCUCAAAAUGGACCCCGAUUACGUGGACGCCCUGACUGAGUUUGGCCUCUUUUCUGAGGAGGAGAAGGACAUCAUCCAGGCCGACUUCUUGUACUCCAAAGCCUUGACUAUCGCCCCUCGCAACGAGAAGGCCCUCAUCAGCCGCGACCGGACGUUGCCCCUUGUGGAGGAGAUCGACCAGCGCUACUUCAGCAUCAUCGACAGCAAGGUCCGGAAGGUGAUGUCCAUCCCGAAGGGCAACUCUGCCCUGCGGCGCGUGAUGGAGGAGUCCUACUACCACCACAUCUACCACACGGUAGCCAUUGAGGGCAACACACUGACACUUUCGGAGAUCCGGCACAUCAUCGAGACCCGCUACGCCGUGCCCGGGAAGAGCCUGGUGGAGCAGAACGAGGUGAUUGGCAUGCAUGCCGCCAUGAAGUACGUCAAUGCCACCUUGGUUUCCCGCAUCGGGUCAGUGACCCUUGCUGACAUGUUAGAAAUCCACCGGCGGGUGCUGGGCUUUGUGGAUCCGGUGGAGGCCGGCCGCUUUCGGACGACCCAGGUCUUUGUGGGGCACCACAUCCCUCCACACCCGCGGGACGUGGAGAAGCAGGUGCUAGAGUUCAUCCAGUGGCUCAACUCGGAGGACGCCAUGAGCCUACACCCGGUAGAAUUUGCGGCCCUGGCCCACUACAAGCUGGUGUACAUCCACCCCUUUGUGGAUGGCAACGGGAGGACCUCCCGCCUCCUGAUGAACCUGAUUCUCAUGCAGGCGGGCUACCCACCCAUCACCAUCCGCAAGGAGCAGCGGGCCGAGUACUACCACGUCUUGGAGGUGGCCAAUGAAGGCGACGUCCGGCCCUUCAUCCGCUUCAUUGCCAAGUGCACCGAGACCACCUUGGACAUGCUGCUCAUUGCCACGACUGAGUACUCGGUGGGCCUCCCUGAAGCCCAUGGAGGCAGCCGGGACUGCAAGCAGACCAUCCCCGUCAAACCCCGGACAUGAACAUCUGAGAUUAUAUGCAGGCAGGGAAAGUAAUCCAUGUGGCCUCUGUCUUUCUGUGCACCCCUGGGGCAUGGAGCUGGAGACGCACUUUCGUGGAAGCAUUUAAUUUUAUUUAAGGUUUAAGUUAAGUCUUUCCUGCAGUAAUCUCUUCCCCUAUUUAUUAUCCCUUGUCAUCAGGCCAACGUAAAUUAUUUCAGGUUUUAGUCUUACUGGUCUUGUUAUAAAAGGGAAGGUGUUGUUGAGGACAGGUUUUACCAUUUUUUGCAUACGCUGAAGAGAUCCUGUCCACAAUGGUCUUCCUUGAGGACACUCUGGACGAAAAAUAUAGUUCUUCCUUUAACUUAUAGAUCCCACCUCCCCCCACCUCUGAAGCUGGACUCAAGAAGUCUUGAGAAGGUAGUUGGGCUAGCAGAAAAGUCAGAAUUCCUUACCGAGCCACACUCGUUGAGAGUAUCUCCUUUGCCAGUCAGUGCCCAAGCCCCUGGUCUUCUUAAGUGGUGAGAGAUUGUCUGAAUCCACUCCAAACUGUGCUUUUCUAUCUUUGGGUCUGUUGCAUUCCAAACGAGCCUGCAUUGUACCAGCGCUCCACCUCGUUCUUGAAUCUAAUUGCCAUUGUAUUGCACAGACUUGCCUUCUUUUCUGCUAUUGCCCUUCUCCCCAAAAUCACUCCUGUGGGAUGCUUCCAUUUGGGCCAAGGUCUCCUGCUGCUGUCGGAUUCAAAAAUGCAUAUGAUUGUCUUGCAAAUAAGUAGGAAGUGACUGGUUGGGAUGUGGGAAACCCAAGAGACCCCCUCUUUCUAAAGAAUGGCAUCUCUGGGCAAACAGUGGCCAAGGUCUGUUACGGUGCAGCACUGUCUGUGGCUCACAAGUGUUGGCUUGUGCUGUCCUCUUGGGCUUCCUCCCAGUGCCACAUUGGCUUCUGGGCCUGACAUGUCUGCUUCCUGUGAUUUCAAAAAGUAUCACGUUUUCUCAAAUCCUUUUUUAAAAAACGCACUUUAUGCAACUUGCUCGAGAGCAAGCUUUGUAGCAAAGACAGCUUUUGUUCUUCCAAGGGACCCUUGACAAGUCCCGAACCCAUCUGGUGAAUUCAAACUCGAACGAGGUUCUUGGGAUCCACCGUUGUGUGGUGGGUCAACACAUAGGCCAAUCCCGUCAAUGCAAAGGAUCAGAUCUAGCCUGAAUCUGAUUACAACCAGGGAAACAUUGAAAUGCAGGCUCAGUCUUGCCUGCAUUGUCCUGGUCUGGCCCAGGGGUACCAUGCAUGCCUGGGGGCCUGGAUCAUAUCAAGGGACGGGAAUGGGAAAUAGCUAGUAGUGUCUAGUGUGAAAAUGUGUAAGGUUGCUGCACUUCGUGACGGAGUAACGACGGGAAAAAAAAGCUAUGAUGGGAUCUUUGUUUAAAAUGCGAACCAGUUUCAUAUGCACAAAUUGUGUACUUCCUUCUCCCUUGGGUUGUGGGCUUUGACAUAGGCUCCCAGAAGGACUGAAGUGGGGGCAGUGCGACUCAUUUUUGAGACCGUAUGUUUACAUAGUUCUAAAAAAGGCUAGACAUGCGAAUACGAAAAGGUAUGUUAUCUGUUUGUCUUCCAAGCCCCUGCUUUUUGGCAAUGAAGGCCCAGAGCUGUCUUUAUUUGCGUGGAGGGGGGUAGCCUCAAAAUCAUGUCUUCUUUAUCACACUUCCAAACAGAGAGUGGGAAAGGGAGAGUGGGGUUUUAUAUCAAUAAAAUAAUUUGAACCAUGAAAUCUGUAUUAAGAUUGUGUAAUGAAGUACUCCCUAUUCCUGUAAAAAUGAAAAAAUUAAAAAGAUGGAAGUGCUUUACUUUAAGGAUCAA